AAGAGGCUUUAGUUCACACAGAAUGCGUGGCUCUGACAGGAGACCACUGGACAUCAUUGAGUAAUGACAAUUACCUGGGAGUUACUGCGCAUUUAAUCACUGAAGCCUGGGGUCUGACAUCCUUUGCGCUGACUAUAAUGAAAACGGAAGAGCGGCACUUUGCGGAGGCUUGUGCAGAGCAGUUCCAGACUGUUGCUCGCAGGUGGAGAAUUGAGGAGAAGGUGACAACAGUAGGCACGGACAGUGCGCGCAAUAUGAUCGCCGCGGCUCGCAUCAUGCCAUUCAAUCACAUGCCGUGUACCGCGCACAUUCUACAGAGAUGCAUCACAGUGAGUCUCGCAGACAGUGGCUUUGUCACUGCGCUGGCCAAAUGCCGCAAAAUUGUUGGCCAUUUUAAGCACAGCCCAGCAAACACAGCAGAGCUGAACGCAGAGCAGGUGUCACUGGGGCGCAAGCAGGAGCCGUUGGCCCAGGACGUGCCUACGCGCUGGAACUCCACGCUGGAGAUGGUGAAGCGCUUGAUCCGCAACCAAACUGCAGUAACCGCGACUCUGGAUAAACAAAAGCAUAAACUUGUCCUCCUGACGCCUCCAGAGUGGGACAAACUCCAGAGACUGGAGACACUUCUAGAGCCCUGCAGAUAUGUGACUGAACUGCUGGGAGGAGAGGCCUACGUCUCCUGCUCUGUAGUUCUACCAGCCUUCUGCCACCUGCGCCGUGUCAUGGAAGUAACUGAUGAGGACCCUGCAUAUGUGGUGAGGUUUAAAGAGAAGUUUAAGGAAGACCUUGCUUCCCGCCAGGAACAUACCAACUAUGCAUGGCUCCAGAUCGCAACUGCACUGGACCCACGUUUUAAAGACCUCGCGCAGUGUGCCCAAGACUGA